GAAGAAAGGCAACGACGGGUAGCAGACAGACGCACACAGAGCGAGAGAAAAGCGAUGACGACGUUGCGCAGAUUUUGCUGCAAUGAUCUUCUUCGAUUCACUUCCGUCAAUCUUGAUCACCUCACUGAAACCUUCAACAUGUCCUUCUACAUGACCUACUUGGCUAGAUGGCCUGACUACUUCCAUGUCGCCGAGGCCCCUGGUAGCCGCAUAAUGGGAUACAUCAUGGGAAAAGUUGAGGGGCAAGGCGAGUCAUGGCAUGGUCAUGUAACUGCUGUAACUGUUGCUCCGGAAUAUCGUAGGCAACAAUUAGCUAAGAAGCUUAUGAACCUGCUUGAGGAUAUUAGUGACGAGAUUGAUAAAGCUUAUUUUGUUGAUCUUUUUGUGAGGGCAUCGAACACCCCUGCAAUCAAGAUGUAUGAAAAGCUCGACUACGUCAUCUAUCGGCGUGUGCUACGUUAUUAUUCAGGGGAGGAAGAUGGAUUAGAUAUGAGGAAAGCAUUAUCACGGGACGUCAAUAAGAAGUCCAUCAUCCCACUUAAAAGGCCAGUGACUCCCGACGAGCUCGAAUACGAUUAACUACAUAUAAAUGGAGUUUUGACGAAGAAGAAACAUCAAGUGCUCAUAAGUUGGAGAUAGUCAAAGUCAUCUUGAAAACAGGUUGUGUCAUGUAUGUGUAUCCUAAAUAUGUUUCUGAACUCAAAUUGUCUAAAACCUUUUCUUGCAAUAUAGAUAAACUUGAAAAUGUUAAAUUUCGUUU